UUACAUACAUAAAAAAAGAAAAGAGUUUGUGCCGUUUCAACCGGAAAGUCAAUAGGGCACGUUUUGCUAAUCUCACGACACCUUUCACUUUCACCCACUUUCAUUAUUAUUUCUUUACCUUAAUUCCAUAUUUUAUUUCUUAAUUAAUCACAUCCCAUUGUUUUCCCCUUUUCUUUUUUUAUACGGUUCAUUGAAUUAAUUGCUGCAUAAUACCAAAACUAUCCUUCAAAACAUAUGGCAUGCAUCGCAACUAGAGAGGGGAUAAAUUUGUCACUUGAAACAAAUUUAUAUGUUUUAUUAGGGUUUUCUUUCUUUUCUUAUUGAGCAUUCUGAAAUUACCAACAAAAAAAAGAAGAGCAUUCUGAAAUUGUCACCACUCAAAUAAAAGAAAAUACCAAAAAAGAAAAAGAAAAAGAAGAGAAGAGUUUGAAAAAGAACAAAAAUAAUAUCCUCCCUUUGGUUAUAAUACCCAAAUAAGCUUUCUUCCUUAAUGUCAUUUCAUUUUGCAUGCUCAAAUUCUCCCUCUCUCUCUCUCUCACACUGUUGUGAAGAACAAGUAGGGAGUGGUCUGGUUAAUGUUUGAACAGGAAAGGGCAGGGGAGACUUGGAUGUGGUGUGACGGUUUUGGCAAUGGCAUCCACAUCUUAUGCCAGCAAGAGCCCACUGCUCAUGAAAGACACAUCCUCUCUCUAUCUUCCAUACCCAGCACCUCUUGCUAAACACGAGGAAGUUGUAGCCAAUCCUAAGCUGUUCAUGGCUACUUUGGAAAAGCUCCAUGCUUCAAUGGGAACCAAGUUCAUGAUCCCUAUUAUAGGAGGAAAAGAGCUAGAUUUGCAUCGACUCUUUGUGGAGGUAACUUCCCGUGGGGGUAUUGAGAAGAUUAUUAGAGAUAGAAGAUGGAAGGAAGUUACCGCUGUUUUCAACUUUCCAUCCACAGCUACAAAUGCUUCUUUUGUGUUGCGGAAAUAUUAUAAUUCAUUGCUUCUCCACUAUGAACAAAUUUACUAUUUUAAAGCUCAAGCAUGGAAUCCUCUCUCUUCUGAUAAUUCUCACAGCCCUUCAAUGACAGCCGUUCCAGCUGCAAGGGGAGGAACUAAACGAAAAGCAGCUGAAGCUCAUGCUACUAUGCAUCAGCCAACACAGAUAAACUCAGAAUUACCUGGAGCCAGGACAACAGCAUCAUCAGAAGAUACUGUGACAGGGGUUAUUGAUGGGAAAUUUGAAAAUGGAUAUCUUGUUACCGUCAUCAAAGGCUCAACGAAGCUAAGAGGUGUACUUUAUCAGGCUCCAAUGAACCCAGUACGUGGAGUUCCACAAGUCCCACAAAAUUAUAGCAUGUUGGUUAACAGAAAUGAGAGUGCCUCAGCUAUUAUUCCUGGCGUCCACCGUCGUCGCCGAAGGAAGAAAUCUGAGAUUAAAAGGAGGGAUCCUGCUCAUCCAAAACCCAACAGAAGCGGAUAUAACUUUUUCUUUGCAGAACAGCAUGCAAGGCUGAAGCCACUUCAUCCUGGGAAGGAUAGAGAGAUAAGUAGAAUGAUUGGUGAACUCUGGAAUAAAUUGAAGGAGUCUGAAAAAUCAGUGUAUCAGGAGAAAGCCGUUAAAGAUAAGGAACGAUAUCGAAUAGAAAUGGAGGAUUACCGGGAGAGGUUGAAAGCCGGUCAGGUCAUUAGUGAUGCAGUGCCACUACAACAGCGGUUUCCUGAAGUCAAUCCAAGCAUGGUUGAAUCCGAUGCAAAGAUCGAAGAAACCGAGCCGAGAGACUCCCCACAAACACCAGAUGAGAGCAAUGAGAGUAAUUCUAGCAAAACAGAUAAGUGAUUCUGAUGAUGAUAUAGCUGCAAAAAGAAGGAUCUGGAUGUAGAGGCAUCUGCAGAAGCUGGAGCUGGAGUCGGUGCCUAGCAUUGUGGACAUGGAGAUGUUUUCUGAUGAGAGUAUGCAUCUGAGGAAGCAUGAGAAUGAGGUGGUGAAAAAGAAGAAAGCUUAGGUAGUAAUCUAACCUAGACAGGAAGACUCGAUAGCUAAUGAAGACAGCUUAAAUUCUCUUUGACCAAGUAGGACUGACUGUUUAUUUCUAUCAAAGCAAAGCUUUUGCUUCGAGUAUAGUUUUCUAUAUUUAACUUAUAAAUUUGCCUUGUAUUAGCUUAAGUUAGUAUGCUUUCCAAAUUUCGUUACUUGUUUCAUGGUAAGUGGUGCAGAAAUUUGUAUUUACUUUGUUCAACGGUUCAGUUAUAUGUUCCCAUGAGUUGCCAAAGAUGGUCGAUUUUCAUUCGAGGGUGUUUUUUUUUUCUUUAAGGAAGAUGCUAAACUUGCGACCUUCACAAAUCAAGAUUUAUAUAUAUUUUUUUUCCAGACAAAUCAAGAUUUAUUUAUUCUGUGGAUUUGUUGGAAAUAUUGUCGGGCUAUCGGUGGACAUUGGCAUCCUUGCUCUCAUUGAGUUCUACGGUUCUACACCACCCCCAUGUUUUUUCAAUGCAAUGAGAUAAUAAUGCUUAACAAAUGCCAAAUAGGUUGGGAUAUAAAAGUAGGGAGAAAAAGCAAGGAUAUGUAGCAUUUUCCUUUUUAUAAUGGAAUGCUUGUUGGACGAAAUUUGCAGCACUCCUCUGGUAAUUGGA